UCGGGUCCGUACUUUUUUAUCUUCCAUAGGCGACGAGCUUCAGAACCCUAACCUGGUUCUGCUUCCGCCAUAGCUACGUUCGCUGCUCGAUCGGAGGUGCAUCGAGUAAAACUGACCUCUACAGGGCAAGGGCUGUGAUCGCGCAGGGCGAGCGGCGAUGGGGAAGAAGAAGAAGCGACCUUCGAAGGUGUGGUGCUACUACUGCGACAGGGAGUUCGACGACGAGAAGAUCCUCGUCCAGCACCAGAAAGCCAAGCACUUCAAGUGCCAUGUAUGCCAAAAAAAACUCUCUACCGCUGGAGGCAUGGCCAUACACGUCCUCCAGGUCCAUAAGGAGGCUGUGACCAAGGUUCCUAAUGCUAUGGCUGACAGAGAUUCAACAGACAUUGAGAUUUAUGGUAUGCAAGGAAUUCCUCCUGAUAUCUUGGCAGCUCAUUAUGGGGAAGAUGAAGAUACAGUGGCAAAGACAGCUAAAGUGGAAGUUCCAUCUACUGGUUUUGUUGGCGGAGCAAUUCCUGGUGCAUUUGGCAUUAGAUUUCCUCCCCCACCUGUAUAUGCUGGCGUUCCUCCUGUCUUUCAAGUUUUGCUGCUUUUGUGGUCUUAUCGCUCAUGUGCUUCCACGUUUCAUUUUUUGUCAGUUUUAAUCCAGCCCUUCCAUUUCAGCAUCCAACAUGGCCUAUUCCAGCUAUUCGUCCAAAUCCUUGGUUUCCUUCACAAGUAUCUGUUCCAUUUCCCCCACCUGUUGUUGCUACACAGCAGCCCCUGUUUCCUAUCCAGAGUGCAACAACUCCUUUGGCCUCCACUUCUACCUCUGGACUCCCGACACCUCCUCAAGCUGGUCCGCCCACAGCUACACCGCCUUUGGUAUCUCAACCUCUAUUUCCAAUCAAUAGUCCAGCUGGUGUACCUGCAAAAUCAUCACCAACAAUCUCUUCAGCCUCCCCAACAAUGUUGAAAGGUGUAGCUGAUGCAAAUUCAGGAUUGCAUACUGCUAUAGAAGGUGGUUAUGCCAAU